UCAAACCAAGAAAGAAAACAACACAUCAUAAAACCUGAAAAAGGAAAAAUAUUGUUAGCACCUUUCCCGAUAAAUAGGCCUUCCAAAAAGUCAGUACUAACUCGCCUUCCUGUUCUCUUUUCCUUUUAAGGCUUAGCUUGAAAGGCUAAAGCUCUUCUCUCUACCAGUCAACAGCCAUGGCACCCUCUUUUCUCAGCUUUGUCUCCUUAUACAGCAUCUAUCUCCGCCGAUGCUUUGCCACCUCUGGCCUCACUGCACAAUCCAUUGACAUAGACAACGAGACCACCAUCCACUUAUGGGCUCCAAAGCCUGAUCAAACAGCCCAAAAACAAAAACCCGCGUUGGUUUUGCUUCACGGGUUCGGUCCCAGCGCUAUUUGGCAAUGGCGCCGACAGGUCCAGUUCUUUACCCCAUACUUCCAUGUCUAUGUGCCCGACCUGGUUUUUUUCGGGAAUUCCACGACAAAGUCCAAGGAAAGGUCUGAGGUUUUCCAGGCUGUUUCGAUCGCGAAGUUGAUGGAAAAGCUUCAAGUGAAGAAGUACCAUGUUCUAGGGACUAGCUAUGGAGGGUUUGUGGCGUAUAACAUGGCGAAAAUGUGUCCAAACAAGGUGGAGAAAGUGGUGAUUGCGAGCUCUGGAGUUAAUAUGAGAAAAGCAGAUAACAUGGCGUUGCUGAAGAGAGCUAAUGUGGUGACUAUUGAGGAGAUUAUGCUUCCGGAAACGGCUACUCAGUUAAGGACUUUAACUCGUUUGGCCGUUUCCAAGCGGUUGAACAUGAUUCCUGAUUUUUUCUGGAAUGACGUUGUCAAACAACUGUACUCAGAAAACAGAGAGGAGAAAAUGGAACUUCUUAGCGGACUGACCCUUGUCGUUGGUGAUGAUACGGUCAAGCUUGCUCCACUUCAACAGGAUGUCCUGUUAGUUUGGGGAGAUGAAGACCAGAUUUUCCCUUUGAAGAUGGCUUAUGAAAUCAAGGAGCUUCUUGGGAAGAAGACGAGGCUGGAAGUAAUACAGAACACAUCUCAUGUACCCCAGAUUGAGAACUCAGCACAGUUCAACAAUAUUGUCAAGAACUUCCUAUGUGGGUCCUGAUCUUGAUUAUAAUUUUUAUGCUACCUAAUCCCUAUAUAAUUGUAAAUUUCUAUGUAAUGUUGUUGGAAUAUUCAAGGAAAGCCUCUGAAUUCCUGGUUUUGAUUUUUCCUAAUUAUCUUUGACAUCUUGACAGGUUUAAGACUUUAAACCUUAUGGUUGGUUAUAAUUAAGCUGAGGCUGGAAUUUUUCAAAUUGAAGCUAGUAAGUUGUAACCAUUUCCUAUUAUUGUCUUCCCAAUCCAGCUAGUUUGAUAAACACAACUAUCAUAAACUCUCAUUUCUUUUCAAUGCUUUUACCAGAAUAUACACCAAAAACCAAAACUUGUGCCUUUAAUCUCACAUGGCCUUUUACAUAUUAACUACCAUAUGCCAUAGUUUACUAGUUAGUUAAUUAUAUUUAUAUGAGUUGUUUUAAUCUUUUUUGAGCAGAGAGAAACUUGUAAGUAAAUGAAACAAAAGUUCUCUAAACCUCUCAAGAGCCAUUGGCCUUUACCCAAUGAUUCAUGCAGUCUCUUAUAUGCAGAGUCUAAGGUACAAUCACUGACUUGUGCUUUCUCAAAAAUGAUUUAUGAUUUAUCCCCCCAUUAUCAAAUACCAAGCAAAGAAAAAAAAAUUUUCUAUUAGUAUUUGUGUUAAUUAUUAACAGUCUCUUAGAUGUUACAUUUUGCUUUUUUC